UUUCGACAAAAUAGCAUUCCAUCAUUGCAUUUAGUAUCUUCCGUUCCCUUUUUUUAUUUGCUGUAGUUAUCGUGUUAUAGUGCAUUUAUUAGUAUUUUUUUUAUAUAAAUUUAUUACGUAAAUUGUGAUAAUGGGUGGCUGUGCAACAAAAGAAAAUAAAGAAAACAAACCAAAAGAGGGCUCGGACGGGUGCGUAUGGCGGCCGGCAAAUCCGGCGUCCGCUGCAAUAAUCCAUUUUUAUUAUUACUACCUACCUAGUAUUUGCACAUAUCGAAUAAUUAUUUUUGCAACUAUCCCCUUUAUACAUAGUACUGUGAGCUCGCUAUUGUCGCGUGAUUAAAAACCAACCCCGGCCAUUGAACCGACAAGGGAUACCGUACUUAGUAAAUGCUGUACAAAAUAAUGCAGUCCGAAUAAAUUGCGUUUCGAAUUCAGUUUAGUUAAAAGUAAUUUUGUAUCAAUACUUUUCUUAUGUACUUAUGAAAAAAUGACGAAACUAUCGGUGCAUUAGUCGUGGAAUCUGGUCGAGCAGAACGGUGUGUUCUUCGUGAGAUUUCUUGUUAAAUUCAUAGCAAAAAAAUCUUAAAGACUUCUUACAAUCUGUAUAAACAACAAUUACAUUGAAUUGACUAGUAAUUUUGUCAUUUCAUCAAAGGCAUGCAUGCCAUGUUGCAUUAAAUUUCAAAAAAAAAAACUCAAUUCAUUCUAGAAUCAUAUAAACUCGUGUCAGAUAUCGCUGUACUUGAAAACGUUAAACGACGAUCGUAUUAUGAGACGUCAUCGGUGUUCUUAAUGGAAACAAAUGCGAGAAAAGCCGCAACAAUGGUCGACGCCGCAACCCUCGAGAAAUUGGAGGCUGGUUUCAGCAAGCUCCAGGGAUCCGACUCUAAGUCGCUGCUGAAGAAGUACCUUACCAGGGAAGUAUUCGACAGCCUGAAGAACAAAAAGACCUCAUUCGGAUCCACCCUCCUUGACUGCAUCCAAUCGGGUGUCGAGAACUUGGACUCCGGCGUCGGUAUCUACGCGCCGGACGCCGAGUCGUACUCCGUGUUCGCCGAGCUGUUUGACCCGAUCAUCGAGGACUACCACAAUGGCUUCAAGAAGACCGACAAGCACCCGCCCAAGAACUGGGGAGACGUGGACACGCUCGGCAACCUCGACCCCGCCGGCGAGUUCGUGGUCUCCACCCGCGUGCGCUGCGGCCGCUCGCUCGAGGGGUACCCCUUCAACCCCUGCCUCACCGAGUCCCAGUACAAGGAGAUGGAGGACAAGGUCUCCGGCACCCUGUCCAGCCUCGAGGGCGAGCUCAAGGGCACGUUCUACCCCCUCACCGGCAUGUCGAAGGAGACCCAGCAGCAGCUCAUCGACGACCACUUCCUGUUCAAGGAGGGCGACCGCUUCCUGCAGGCCGCCAACGCCUGCCGCUUCUGGCCCACCGGCCGCGGCAUCUACCACAACGAGAACAAGACGUUCCUCGUGUGGUGCAACGAGGAGGACCACCUCCGCAUCAUCUCGAUGCAGAUGGGUGGCGACCUGCAGCAGGUAUACAAGAGGCUGGUGAGCGCCGUCAACGAGAUCGAGAAGAAGAUCCCGUUCUCGCACCACGACCGGCUCGGCUUCCUCACGUUCUGCCCGACCAACCUGGGCACCACGGUCCGCGCCUCCGUGCACAUCAAGCUGCCGAAGCUGGCGGCCGACAAGAAGAAGCUGGAGGAGGUGGCGUCCAAGUACCACCUGCAGGUCCGCGGCACGCGCGGCGAGCACACGGAGGCCGAGGGCGGCGUGUACGACAUCUCCAACAAGCGCCGCAUGGGGCUCACCGAGUACGACGCCGUCAAGGAGAUGUACGACGGCAUCGCCGAGCUCAUCAAGAUCGAGAAGUCUCUGUAGGCGCCGCCGCGAGCCGCCUGUGUAUUUAUUUAUCGUUCCGCGGAGGCCGGGCACUAGUCAGCGGGCCGCCCCUCCUCCACUACUACUCUUUAUUGUAAAACGUAUUUUCUAUAAGGAAAUGGAAAAUAAAGACAUCUAGCGUUAAGACUA